AUGAACGCUAGUGACACAGUCGUGUCCAAUGGAUCAACUGUGAUUCUGUCCUGCUGGCUAAACAAGAGUGGAUCAUCUAGCAAUUUGCAGAACAAACAUACAAUAACUAUUUUACGCAACCACUCAGCAGUAAGCAGCAGCUCUGGCUCUUGGGUCGGUGCUCACAGUUCACAGCGCGAAUUUGGGAGGCAGGCGUUCAAAUGCGAAUGGAGUUCUCCGCAGAAACCAAAAGGAGUGCUCGUAUGUGGAAUUUACGUCGAUGUUGGAAUUCCUCCAGCCCAGCCCAAAAAUAUACUCUGCAAUCAGCAUGGAAAGGAUGGAAGUACCAUUUGCACUUGGGAUAAAGGACACUAUACCUACCUUGAUACUACCUAUACAUUACAGCUAACAAAUGGAACUACCAAUGAAGCAAUAGUAUGGAAAGAGGAAAGGAAUCAAAAUAGCUCAUAUGGCUCAGUAGAGCUCAGAGUGAAGUUGAAUUUUGAGUCCACUUAUACAGUUGUUAUCAAUGCCACCAAUGGACUGGGGGAGGUUUCUUCCCAACCAGUUCAAUUCACAUUAAUAGACAUAGUGAAGCCGCACGCACCCGUGAACCUCUCAGUGGCAUUUGAUGGUUUUGAUGCAAGAAACUGCAGCAUUUCGUGGCAAGAUCAACAAGAGGCACAACACUUUAGAUUAAGAUACCAACCAAUGAACAGCAACUCUUGGACCAUGCUUGCAAAUAUAAACAGUAGAAGAUAUUCUCUACAUGACCUGAAGCCAGAUAUAGCAUACAAAUUCCAGGUUUCUUGCAAGUUCCUGCCCAACAAAGGCUUAUGGAGUGACUGGAGUAUGUUGUUUCAAACAGAAGCAGUACCAUUUCAGCCAAUUGAUGUCUGGUAUUUAAUGGAAGAUGUGUCUUCUGAAAUGCAGAAUAUUACACUUUUUUGGAAGACGAGCAAAUUAGAAGUGAGAAGGAAAAGUCAUGAUUAUAGAGUGAUGUUUUCAGCCCUAAACCAGAUGCAUCAAAGAGCUACGAAAAAAAAUUCUACAGUGCAAACGAUAUUCUCACAAAUCAUACCUAAGACAGACUAUAGCAUUACAAUUUGUUCUCACAAUUCACGGGGAAUAUCCCAACCCAUUUAUAUCACUACUAAACUAGGAAUUACAGAUCUGCCACCCCCAAACCAUCUUUCUACUGUAUCACUGGGGAAUGGAAGAAUCGCUGUUGCAUGGGAAGCCCCAAUUGCACCUUUCCCUUUUAUCAAUGGAUAUGUUCUACAGUGGGCAGAGCUCCAUCACAGCAGUCACUUGAGAACUCCCAUAACCUGGCUCAAAAUCCCAGUCUCCAAUCUCACAGCAACAACAGAGAACCUAAAGCCUAACACCUGUUAUCGAAUCAGUGUGUUUGCCCUCUACCAGAGCAGAGCAGGAAGAGCUGCUUCCACAACAGAAGAUGCAUCAGCAAAAGCCCCAUUAACAGGACCUCAAAUUAACACAACAGUAAAAGAAAGAAGCAUUUUGGUCUCCUGGCAGGAAAUUCCGGACGAUCGAGUGGGCUGCAUCGUUCACUUCAGGUUAUACUUGCAAAAGCAAUUUGCCAUGGUGCCCCCUAAAGUCUAUGAUAUACCUAAUACAGCCACACAGCCGUUCUCUGUAAGAAGUCUAGAGCCUGGUGCUACAUAUGUUUUAUGGAUGACAGCUUCCACAAAAGCUGGAGAGAGCCCUAAAGGAAACAAACAAGAGGUUUACAUAAAAGAUGCACCCAGCUGGGGUCCUGCUCUAUCUAUCUGCAUUAUUGUGGGUCUUUCCAUCUGCCUCUGCUUUGUGCCAUCCAUUAGGCAAGUGCUUUCCUCAUUGCUUUCUGUUCUGCUUUGUGGGUGGCAUGGGAAAGCUGUUCCAGAUCCAGCCAACUCUUCAUGUGCUAGAGAGUUCGCAUCUGUAGAGGAUGAACGCAGCUUCUAUUCUACACAGUUCCUAAAGAACCUGAACAGCGCUGAAGAGCCCGAAACUCUACAAAUAGAGGAGGUCUUCAUGAAGAGGCAACAGAUGCCAUUUGUGGAUGUGUCCCUCUUCAAACCCACAGAGGAAGGAGAGAGCCACAACUGGCCAACUGCUGUCAGUUUCCAGGGAGAGGAUCCAAUUGUGAAAAACUUGGACUAUGACCCUUUGAUCACCAGCAGGACAGAGGAUGCCAGCCAGCACCAGCUGCUGCCUUUGUACAGAAAGGUUGGACCCGAAGAACCAAUUCAAGGCCAGGAAUUUUCAGUGUACCUUGCCAGUCCACAUGGAAAUGUAACAGUGGACUACUUGCCGACUAUUUCACCUGCCAUUAUGGACACUGGUGAAGACAACGGCGAAUCUGAACUAAACCCGCUAUUUAUUUUCCAAAGAACCUCUUUUCUACCACAGGCAUUCCCCUUUGGUGGAAAGCUUACUCUAGACGCUAUACAAAUGGACUGUGAUUCUUUCACAGAGUAAGGCCACAUUUGUGUAACAUCUUAUCCAGGAAUGCUUUAAACUUAAUGGGAGUAGACAUGAUAGGAUAUAGCACAACAGGCCUCCCUUAAUCCCCUCACCCCUUCAUGUGAAACCUAGCAUGAGGAAGUUCAUGAGGACAAAGUCCCUCAUUUAGGUCCCAGCAUAAAUAUGAGGUAGUAAUUGCUGCACUAGCUCAGCCACACAAGAAAUGAAAGUUAAAACGUUGCCGCAUCUAGAAUAGUGAGAAUGUAUCUCAAAAGUGGUUUCAGAGAACUGCGGGUUGUAGCCAAGUUAGCCCAUUUAGGCAAGGAAUUCUGCCUAGGCAGCCAGACUUCUCCCUGUGUGCCCAUCUGCUCCAAAGGGUUGAGGGAAUCCUUAGAUGUGGGGACAUGUGGAAAGGAAAUCCUGUUGUGCAGGUCAAAGCCAUUGUUCUAACAGGAUGUCUUCUUUGGAUACAAUCCUGAAUGUGUAUGAAGCUCCCAAUUAAAAAGCCAAACAGGUUGCAAUGCAGAGGAGUGUGAGGGAGAUGUUUGAGCCCAGUGGGACUUUCUGGCUGUUUGCUCUCUCAAGUAGAAGCCCCCUUCUCUUCUACUCCAUUGCAUAGCAAGCAUCCAUUGUCCACAGUCCAUGAACAAUGUGGAUGUGAUGCAUUGCCCUUGCCUCUCAAGCCUAAAGAAGUAAUAUUUUGAAACCGGAAAACCUGAAGUCCAGGCAUUCAGGUCCACCAUCUUACAGACACAGUUCAUUGCCUGAGUAUGUAUCUAAAUCAGGCAUCCCCAAACUUCGGCCCUCCAGAUGUUUUGGACUACAAUUCCCGUCUUCCCCAAAACUGGCCCUGUUAGCUAGGGAUCAUGGGAGUUGUAGGCCAAAACAUCUGGAGGGCCGCAGUUUGGGGAUGCCUGAUCUAAAUCAACAUCAUGAUAUUGUGUAAUAAUUUCCCUACACAGUCUAGAUCAGGGGUCAGCAAACUUUUCCAGCAGGGGGCCGGUCCACUGUCCCUCAGACCUUGUGGGGGGCCGGACUA